AUCCAGUAACAGCUGGUCUCGGGGCGUAAUGACCUUUUGUCUCCCGGCGGUCAGGUACGGAGAGGGGGGCGGAGAUUCAGAAGGAGACGCUUCACAUCGGACUCGUCCCGGCGUCCCGGACAACAAAUGGCCGUGAACCGACAGAGAGGGACAGUGUGAUCCCGUUUUUUUUUUUCGGUGUACGACUACAGUGAGAGCCGCUUCCAUGUUCACAUAGGAGGCUUAGAGAGGGCAAGAAGCGGUCUUUAUUCUCGCACUCAGAACAUUUUAUCCAUCUGGCAGAAGAAUGGGAGAGUCCUGUUGACACCACGGAGAGAUACACGCUGAGACCGACUAUGGCUGUGGACGCGGCGUCCAGCUUCAGUUUUUGCCGUGCCUCCCUGGAGCACACGGUGUCUGCUGAGGAGCUGAGCUACCAGCUGCCGCGUCGCGCCGGAGGCAGCAACCUGACCUGGCACGACGGCCGUGGACAGAGGACAGCGCACACACGCACCGUCAAACUACUGCAGCAGCCCGGCACAGAGGGCAUCCAGUUGCGUCCGGGUGAAGCCUUCACUGUGUAUCACACCAGUCCUACUCUGUCCAGUCUGUCCAAACCUGUGGUGCUGUGGACUCAGCAGGAUGUCUGCAAGUGGCUUAAGAAACACUGUCCUCACAACUACCUGACCUAUGUAGAGGCCUUCUCCCAUCAUGCCAUCACAGGACGGGCGUUGCUGCGUUUGAACGGGGAGAAGCUAGAGAGGAUGGGAAUCGUCCAGGAGACGCUGAGGCAGGAAGUCCUCCAACAAGUCCUCCAGCUGCAGGUCAGAGAAGAGGUCCGCAACCUGCAGCUCCUUAGUAGAACCUCCUUUGGAAACUUCUCUUAGCUCAUCUAUUUGGCAAGCCCUUUCCCUCAUCCCCUUGUCACAAUACAUCUCCAGGAACCAUGGAAGAGCUGCUGUCUCAGAUAUGUGAGCGGAGAUUCGUCGAGUGAAAGGGGAGAGGACGAGCCUUUACACCACAUGCCAACCCGUCUGGAGGAUUCUCAUUCAACGCGGCCAAUUUGGUUUUUACAGACACUGAGACAGAGACAAAGCCCUGCUUGAGGCGGGGGUACCCACUGUAACAUAGUGAUAAGAUGUAAGAUUCACAACCCUAGUGAUGAUGUAGGACCGUCGCUGGUAUAUGCUUGAUCGCAGAAAAUCUCCUUUUGGUUUCCUGUCUCAUUCGGAUCUGACCUUUUUUUAAUUUGAUGCAGAACACUUGGGUUUAUUUUGAUGUAUGCUUUUACAUGUGCACAAGCAGGAUUCAUAUGUUUUCCUCUCUCUUCUGGUCAAGGUCAUUACAUGAAUCACUCUUUGGCAUGGUUUUAUAUAACCUUAACCUUUGAGCCUCGUGAUGCUGAAACCAUGUGGAUGAUGGCUUGUAUUGUGACGUAAACUUAGAUUUACUUGCAGCGCCACGACUUGGCCUUCGGAUCUAAAGUGAAAGAAACUUCCAGUCAAUCUCUAUCUCCCAUUGAAGCUAUAACAUCAAGCCUGUUCUCAAGGAAUCACAGCUGGUCUUGACUAAUGCCAAUUCAAUCCUAAACAAUUCUUCAUCCACAGGUCACACUCACAUUUUCCUCUCAGGACUUUAGUUUUGGAAUUGUAGGUUUGCAGGAUCAACAAUGACACUUUAAUCCGAAUGUCAUUCCAACAAUCAGUCUUUUUGUAUUGCGACUGAUCUGCAGUAUGUCAAGGAGAAAUUAGAAAUAUAUAUGUAUAUGUACAGUAUGAGCGUAGAAUAACAUACACUAUACAUCUGCAUAUACUGUAACAAUACCGUAGUCUUUUAUUAAUAGGAUGGAUCCCAAGGACACAGAGUUACCAUGAUAAUCACUGACUGUCUAUGCUUGAUAAAGCAAUAAUUAGUAAUAAUUUCAAUGAUAAACGGUGAAGAGGAGUAGCACUGUAUGGGAUAAAUGGUUUGAGAUGCAAGUAUGAGUGUCCGCUGAGGGAAAUAUACAUUGUGCUUGUUACAGUGGCAGCAUUUGCCAGCCUCAUAGCUUCUGUCCUUUGUGUGUGCUACUGUAUACAGUAUGUCAUCGCUCGCACACAAAUACUAAGUAAAAAGGAGAAGCCUCUGUUGUAUUCUUUCCCGCUUUCUGUCCCGAGUGUGACACUCGGAUUUCAAAUGCUCAGAAAUCAAAAAUACUAUGACAACUACCAAGAUGCAAGAUUCCCAGCACCACUCAAGCGAGCACCUUUGAUGUAACAGCAGAAGACGGCUAUGUAAGAUGAAGAUGCCUCAGUCACAUAAAUAAAUAAAUUCAAUAAAUAAAUAAUCUUCCAACAAACAAAACCUAACCUUCCAACUUCCCUCCAUUCGUCCUUUGACGAGGAGUCUUUAGGUAAAGUCAGUAUUUGUCUGUUAAAGGGGAGAGAACACACUGUAUUAUUUUUGGAUUACCUGAUGUACUGUAAAUAUGAACACUUUUGGGUUACUUUGUCAGAUGAUUGAUGAGGCGUUUGAAAUGCAAAAAAGGGAAAAUGAAACAUAUUUAUGUGCUUUACAGAUAUGAAGACAUAUUGUAUGGAACAUGAUGAAAGCUGUCUUUUUAAAAUAAACUAAUUGAGAUUCAGUUCUG